AAUAAACAUAUAAUCAUGGCUAAAACUCGAAGACCCUUGAUAAUAUGUUGUGUUGUGACUGCUGUUCUUUUGAUAAUCAUCAUAGUCACUGCAAUCACACUCUACUUCACUCUUUUCAAGCCCAAACAACCCAAAAUCACGACUCAAAGUCUCACACUCGAAUCGUUUUCAACAAAUGUUUUUGAUCUUACAGAUACAAAUUUCACGUUAGGGAUAACCGUCGGUAUAGACAACCCGAAUUAUGGUGGAUUUAAGUAUGAAAACAGUACAAGCUAUGUGACUUAUCAUGGAGAUGUGGUGGCUGUGGCACCAGUCAUGGCAGACACAAUCCCGGCUCGAGGACAACACAAUGUUGGCACGACCGUGUUGGUGAUCAUUAAGAGUUUGGUUACAAAUCCAAACUUUUCGAAGGAUAUGGGUACCGAUACUUUGAAUUUUACUUCAACAACAACAUUAAAAGGGAAAGCAACAGCUUUGAAAAUCUUCAAAAAGAAGGCUACAACUUAUAGUUCUUGUGAUAUUUCUCUUCAUGUUCUCGAAAGAAAUGUAACUUCAAUUUGCAAAUCAAAAGUUAAGUUUUAGAUUUUUAUUUUGUUCCGUAACAUCGAGUUUCAUGAGUGAAAAUAUUGUAAUAUGUAGAGUGACUUUAAAAAUAAGAAUUAUUAAAGGCUGAAACUAUUCACACA